AUGGAGGCCAAUCCAAACCAGCAGCCGCUAGAAAUAGAUAUCCCUGAGAGUCACCAGCACAGAUACACGGCAAAGGACUUGACCUUUCUAGGAAUAUUCCUCCUCCUAUGGGUCGUCAUAAGCAUCUGCAGCGUAUUCUGGCUCCUGCGAGUUUCUGCCACCGCGCGCCGAACAUUAGCCAUUAUGGCAGACGGGAUAAUAGAGGAAGGUCGCCCAUAUGACGAUGCGAAGGCGCGACUACAGUCUCUAGAUACCGUUGCUCCGAGCAAGACGCUGAAGGACUGGCUGAGGGACCUGCCGGCUGUUCAUUGUCAUCUGGUGGAGUAUUCUACGCAGUCGUUGAUCUGGUAG